CCUCUCAUACUUUCGCACUCACCAUCUUGUCCUCUCCUCUCAUCACACGCUCCCACCAUCCUCUCCUCUCCUCUUCUUAGUUUCCCACUCCACCCAACCUCCUUCUCUUCUAAUAUCAUCACUCAACCAAUCCCCCAACAUCCUUCUUCUCUCAUCACACAUGCACCCAAACCCUUCUCUUCCUACACCUGUUCCAGUCACACUGCUCCUCGGCCAGCCACAGUGCUCGUCUGAAAACCAGCCUCUAGCCACACCUUUCCACUAGGAUAAGUUUCAGUUUCUGGCGUUGUUCCUCUUCCAAUGCACCUUGCUUCUGCGAACUGAGCAGAGAGCAACGAAAGCGAACGCAGAGAAAGAUGGAGAGUAGCGAGGAAGAAGAAGAUUUCCCUUCCAUUGAGAGCAUAAUCCCCCAAUCCAAGGUUGACUCACUCUACCAGUCUAAAACCGAACAGGGGAUUAGAAAGCUUUGCUGUGAGCUCUUAGAUUUGAAGGAUGCUGUGGAGAACUUAAGUGGCAAUAUGCACUCAAAAUUCUUAGCUUUCUUGAGGAUAUCUGAAGAGGCUGUGGAAGUAAAACAUGAAUUGAUUGAGCUGCAAAAGCACAUCUCAGAUCAAGGUAUUCUUGUACAGGAUUUAAUGACUGGUGUCUGCUGUGAAUUGGAUAAGUGGAAGUCAAGUAAUGAUGUUACUGACAUUCACAAUGAACCUGAAGUACCUGAACUCCUUGAGCCCUUACCAAAUGAGAUGAAUAACCAGAAAACAAUAUUCUUGGAAAAUAUUGAUGUACUUAUUGCUGAGCAUAAGUUUGAAGAAGCAUUAGAGGCAUUAGAUGCUGAAGAAAGAAACUGUGCUGAGUUGAAAGGCUCAGUGAAUAACGCUUCAGAUGAAGUUUCCUCAUACAAAUCUGGUUUCUUGGAAAGAAAGGCAGUGCUUGAAGAUCAGCUAAUUGCAAUUGUUGAGCAACCUUCUGUUAGUUUUCCUGAGCUGAAGAAAGCCUUAAAUGGUUUAUUAAAGCUUGGAAAAGGUCCUGUAGCACAUCAACUAAUGCUGAAAUUUUAUGGGUCUCACCUCCAGAAGAGAGUUGAGGCUUUGCUUCCAUCAAGUUCUUUCUGUCCUGCAACAUUUCCUUCUACAUUAUCUAAAAUGGUUUUUUCUGUAAUUUCACUGACAAUAAAGGAAUCUGCUUUGAUAUUUGGAGAUAAUCCUGUUUAUACCAACAGAGUUGUUCAGUGGGCAGAGUGGGAAAUUGAAUAUUUUGUACGAUUGGUGAAAGAGAAUGCACCCUCAUCUGAGACUGUUUCCGCCUUACGUGCUGCUAGCAUCUGCAUUGAGGCUAGUCUGAACUAUUGCUCAAUCUUGGAGUCACAAGGAUUAAAAUUGUCUAAGUUGCUGUUGGUGCUACUGCGUCCUUCUGUUGAAGAAGUUUUAGAAUCCAAUUUUAGACGUGCUAAAAGAGUAGUUCUUGACAUGGCAGAAUCUGCUGAUUGCUUUACAUUGUCACCAGCGUUCGCGUCUUCACUUUCUGCGAUUGCAUCAUCAUCCAAUAACAUGCUUGUUGAAAGUGGAAUGCGAUUUAUGCACAUAGUUGAAGAGAUACUGGAACAGCUAACACCGUUGGCUAGUCUGCACUUUGGAGGAAAUGUACUAAGUAGAAUUUUACAACUAUUUGAUAAAUACAUAGAUGCCCUUAUCAAAGCGCUACCAGGUCCUUCUGAUGAUGAGAAUCUUCCAGAACUGAAAGAAGCUGUGCCUUUCAGAGCUGAGACAGACUCAGAACAACUUGCAAUAUUAGGUAUAGCAUUUACCAUAUUGGAUGAACUAUUACCAAAUGCUGUAUUAUCAACAUGGAUGCUGCAAAAUGAAAUCAAGGAACCGAACAGUGGACUCACGGAGAAUGUAGUAUUAAAUACAAAUGCUAGUAUGGAAUUAAAGGAGUGGAGGAAACAUCUUCAGCAUUCUUUUGACAAACUUCGAGAUCACUUCUGUCGGCAGUAUGUUCUGACUUUCAUCUAUUCAAGAGAGGGAAAAACACGAUUGAAUGCACAUAUUUACUUGAGUGAUAAUAGAGAGGAUCUUUACUGGGAUUCUACCCCAUUGCCUUCACUUCCUUUUCAGGCAUUAUUUGCAAAGCUACAGCAAUUAGCAACUGUUGCUGGAGAUGUAUUACUUGGGAAAGAGAAAAUACAGAAAAUUUUGCUUGCUAGGUUGACAGAGACUGUUGUCAUGUGGUUGUCUGAUGAGCAAGAGUUCUGGGGUGUGUUGGAAGAUACUUCAGCUCCUCUACAGCCACUUGGUUUGCAGCAGUUAAUUCUUGAUAUGCACUUCACUGUUGAAAUAGCACGCUAUGCGGGAUAUCCAUCUCGACAUGUCCAUCAGAUUGCAUCAGCUAUUAUUGCUCGUGCCAUCCGGACCUUCUCCGCCAGAGGUGUAAACCCACAAAGCGCACUUCCUGAGGAUGAAUGGUUUGUUGAAAUGGCAAAGUCAGCAAUAAACAAGCUCUUGCUUGGGGCAUCAGGAUCAGAGACAUCAGACAUUGAUGAAGAUCACAUCAUUGUUCAUGAUGACGAUGAUGUCUCAGACACAGAUACUGUUUCAUCCCUGUCUACUAUGGACUCUACCGAAUCUUUCGCUUCGGCUAGCAUGGCAGAACUUGACAGCCCCUCUAACCUGUCUGAUAAUGAUAACUGAGUUUUUCUAAAAGCUCUAAAAUAGAGUUUAGUUGGGAGUUGGGAUUCAUACAUAUGUUCAAAGUUGGGGUCUUGCUGUAACUUAGCUGAUGUUAGCUUCUGUCAUGUCUAUUUUUCUAUUGUUUUGCAUCUUGUUGCAGUGGCCUUCAAUGAUUCUUGUUACUUA